AUGGAGGGGGUCGUUUCUAAGCCUUUAGUGCACGCCCUCUUUCAUCAGCCCGGGACGUGCGCACGGAGCUCCGUCUGCCUGACCGGCUUCACGCGGAGCUGCAUCACCAUGCACCGAGCUCUGCUGCUCCAAACCACCGCGUUCUUCUCUCUCUGCUUCCUUCACUGCAAUUCUCAGGGUUCAAGUUGUACGGUUGACCAGUUCCGCUGUGGUACAGGGAGGUGCAUACCAGCAGGCUGGCACUGUGAUGGCACCGCAGACUGCACGGAUGAUUCGGAUGAGAGCGACUGUCCACAAACAACCUGCGAGAUGGGUCAGUUUCAGUGUCUGAGUGAUGGCGAGUGUAUUCCACUUCACUGGCUGUGUGAUGAUGAGGAGGACUGUGAGGACGGCUCGGAUGAAAGGCAGCUCUGUCCUGGCAGGACUUGUUCCAGUGCGCAGUUCAGCUGCACAAACGGAGCCUGCAUACCAGCCGAGUACAGGUGUGACCACAUACCCGACUGUCCGGACGAGGCGGAUGAGAGACACUGCCAAUAUCCAGAGUGUUCAGAGCUGAGGUGUGCGAGUGGUGCGUGCUAUAACACCAGUCAGCGCUGUGAUCAGGUCCUGAACUGCCGGGACGGCUCUGACGAGGCAAACUGCACACGGCGGUGCACUAGUGGUCAGUUCCAGUGCAGUAAUGGAGAGUGCAUUCCACGAGGUUACAUGUGUGAUCACGAUGACGACUGUGGGGAUCAAAGUGAUGAACAGAACUGCACUUACCCCACAUGUAGAGGGUCGUACUUCACCUGCCCCAGCGGUCGCUGUAUACAUCAGGUGUGGUUGUGUGAUGGAGAGGAUGACUGUGGAGACAAUGCUGACGAGCGAGGCUGUGAUCAUGUCCAGCGUGAGUGCUACCCUGGUGAAUGGCCGUGUCCCUCCUCCGGUAUCUGUAUCCGCAUGGAGCAGCUCUGUGAUGGGACGUCUCACUGUCCCUACGGGGAAGACGAGACCAACUCUACUGCUGGACGAAAUUGCAGUAUCUUGCGCUGUGCGUCUCUGAGCUGUGAACAUCGAUGUGUGGCGUCUCCUGAGGGUGGGACCUGCUCGUGUCCGUCUGGCUACAUGGUCAGCACCAAUGACAGCCGCAGCUGCAUCGACUAUGAUGACUGUCAGUUGUGGGGUGUGUGUGAUCAGCUGUGUGAGGAUCGAAUCGGUACUCAUCGAUGCAGCUGUAAGGAGGGAUACGUGCUGGAGCAACACAGAUACUGUAGAGCAAACACGUCCUCUGGUGCUGCAUCCUUACUGUUUUCGAAUGGAAGAGACUUGUUGAUUGGAGAUAUCCACGGUCACGGCUCUCGUAUCCUGGUUCACUCCCAGAACAGAGGAGUGGCUGUGGGAGUGGAUUUUCAUUACCAGCUGCAAAGAGUCUUCUGGACUGAUACUGUUCAAAACAAGGUGUUUUCUGUGGACAUGGACGGCUUGAACUUACACGUGAUCCUAAACGUAUCCGUUGAUUAUCCUGAGAACCUGGCUGUGGACUGGAUAAACAAUAAACUCUAUGUGGUGGAGGCCAGUGUCAACCGGAUUGACAUGGUAGAUUUUGAUGGUAACAAUCGUGUCACGCUCAUCGCAGAGAACCUGGGAAAUCCAAGAGGACUGGCCCUGGACCCAACUGUUGGAUAUCUUUUUUUCUCUGACUGGGACACUCAGAAUGGCGAGCCUGGGCUGGAGAGAGCCUACAUGGAUGGUACCAACCGCUACGGGAUCAUCAGGUCCAAGCUGGGCUGGCCUGCUGGGAUCACCCUGGACCUCGAGGCCAAAAGGGUGUACUGGGUGGACAGUCGCUAUGACUACAUAGAAACCACCACUUACGAUGGUCUCCACAGGAAAACAGUUGUGCACGGAGGCUCUUUGAUUCCUCACCCCUUCGGGAUCAGUCUGUUUGAGCACCUAGUGUACUACACCGACUGGACCAAGAUGGCCGUCAUGAAAGCCAACAAAUUCACUGACAGCAGCCCACAAAUACUCUACUCGACCACUCAGACUCCUUAUGGUGUGGCUGUGGUUCACGCCUUCAGGCAGCCCUAUGAAAGUAAUCCCUGUGGCGUGGAUCGUGGAGGCUGUGAGCAGAUCUGUGUGCUGAGUCACAGAACAGAUAACAGUGGUCUGGGAUAUCGCUGCCGCUGUCGCAUGGGCUACGACCUGCACACUGACGGCAAGAGAUGUGUGGCCGUAAGGAAGUUCUUGCUCUUCUCCAGUCAGUUGGCGGUGAGAGGGAUCCCGUUUAACCUCUCCACCCAGGAGGACGUCAUCCUUCCAGUUACUGGCCCACCAUCGUUCUUCGUUGGGGUGGACUUCAGUGCAGAGGACAAUUCUAUCUUUUUCUCUGAUACUGCCAAGGACAUUAUCUACAAGCAGAAAGUGGAUGGGACCGAACGAGAGAUACUUGCAGCCAAUCGGGUCGAGGGCGUGGAGGAUCUGGCUUAUGACUGGAUAUCAAAGAAUCUGUACUGGACAGACCCCCGCUACAGGAGUAUAUCGGUCAUGAAAGUAGCAGACAAGUCCAGGAGAGCUAUCAUCCGCAACCUGAACAACCCCAGGUCUAUAGUGGUGCAUCCCAUGUUCGGAUUCAUUUUCUGGACUGAUUGGUACCGUCCAGCCAAAAUUAUGCGCUCUUGGUGUGACGGCUCACAUGCAGAGUCGAUUGUGAACACCACUCUUGGCUGGCCUAAUGGACUCGCCAUCGACUGGAGUUCCAUGCGUUUGUACUGGGUUGAUGCUUUUUUUGAUAAGAUCGAGCACAGUAACUUUGACGGGCAGAACAGACUGGCACUGGAUCGUAUCACUCAGAUUUCUCAUCCGUUUGGACUUACAAUUUUUGAAGGUUAUGCGUACUUCACAGACUGGCGUCUGGGAGGAAUCGUUCGUGUUCGGAAAACGGAUGGUGGAGAGAUGGUGGUUAUACGACGAGGGAUCAACCACAUCAUGCACGUCAAAUCUUUCAACGCUGACAUACAGACUGGUUCUAACUUCUGUAACAGACCAUCGAAUCCUAACGGCGACUGCAGCCACUUCUGUUUCCCUGCCCCGUACUCCCAGCGCGUGUGUGGCUGCCCGUACGGCAUGAAGCUGGCGCCCAAUCAGCAGACGUGUCUGGACGACCCGGUGAACGAGCCACCGAUGCCACAGUGCGGCUCCAACUCUUUUCCCUGCUCCAACGGGAAGUGCGUUCCUAGCAGCUACCAAUGCGACGGUGUGGACGACUGCCACGACAACAGCGAUGAAGCCCACUGUGGAGCCAACAACAACACCUGCUCCUCUACGGCGUUCACCUGUGCCAACCAGCACUGUGUGCCCCGGAGCUGGCGCUGUGACGGCCACAAUGACUGUUUUGAUAACAGCGAUGAGCGAGACUGUCCCACCCAGACCCCUGGCACAUGCCAGGCCGACCAGUUCAGCUGUGCUAACCACCGGUGCAUCCCACGUACCUGGCUCUGUGACACCGAUAACGACUGUGGUGACGGUUCUGAUGAAACCGAUUGUGAUGCUAUAGGCACGUGCCACCCUGGUCAGUUCCAGUGCCCUGAUCACAGGUGUAUUGACCCCGCCUAUGUGUGUGAUGGAGACAGAGAUUGUGUUGAUGGAGCAGAUGAGCAAGGCUGUGUGUACAACUGCACUGCGUACGAGUUCAAGUGUGCCAACGGGCACCAGUGUGUGAACUCCUACUAUCGCUGUGAUGGUGUUUUCGACUGUAACGACCGCUCUGAUGAGUCCGGCUGUCCCACCAGGCCGCCGGGCAUGUGCCAUCACGAGAGCGAGUUUCAGUGCCAGUCCGACGGCACCUGUGUGCCCUCCGCGUGGGAGUGCGACGGUCAUGCGGACUGUGAGGAUGGCUCGGACGAGCACCACGCGUGCCCACCGCGCACCUGCCCCACCUCGCUGUUCCGCUGUGACAACGGCAACUGUGUUUUCCGCAGCUGGCUGUGCGACGGAGACAACGACUGCCGCGACGGCAGCGAUGAGCGCGACUGCCCCACUCCACCGUUCCGCUGCCCCAGCUGGCAGUGGCAAUGCCCAGGUCAUGCCGUGUGUGUCAACGUCAGCAAAGUGUGCGAUAAUACACCUGACUGCCCGAACGGAGCCGACGAGUCUCCGCUCUGCAAUGAGCCUUUACCAGACCAGGAGAGCUGCACAGAUAACAACGCCGGCUGUACCCACGGCUGUAUCCAGGGUCCUUUCGGGGCACAGUGCACGUGUCCUGUGGGCUACCAGCUGAGCAACGACUCAAAGACGUGUGAGGACUUAGACGAGUGUGUUCCUCCGGGUCUGUGCAGCCAGCACUGUUUCAACGAGCGAGGUUCCUUCCGGUGCCACUGCCAGGACGGGUACACGCUGGAGACGGACGGGCGCACCUGCAAGGCCUCAGGAUCUCGAGAGGCUAUUCUGCUGGUAGCCAGUCGGAAUCAGAUCAUAUCUGACAACAUCGGCUCGCAACCGAAUGUCGUUCGCUCCCUCGUCCGAGACGGACGGAACAUCGUGGCGGUGGAUUUCGACUCCGUGACGGACCGUGUAUACUGGUCUGAUACGACCCAGGACAAAAUAUGGAGCGCACAUAAAAACGGCAGUGACAGGACUGUGAUCUUUGACAGUGGUGUGACGGUCACUGAGAGUCUUGCGGUUGACUGGGUUGGUAGAAACCUUUACUGGACCGACUACGUCCUGGAGACCGUAGAGGUGGCCAGAUUAGACGGAUCCCACAGAACGGUGCUGAUCAGCGAGAAUGUCACCAAUCCCAGAGGCCUUGUGCUGGAUCCCAGAAACGGUUUUCACCUCAUGUUCUGGACAGACUGGGGAAGAAACCCUCGCAUUGAAAAAGCCAGCAUGGACGGCAAACAGAGGACCACCAUCAUCACCAACAAGCUUUACUGGCCCAAUGGCCUGACCAUAGACUAUCCCAACAAUCUGCUGUACUUUGCUGAUGCGUAUAUGGAUUAUAUUGACUUCUGUGAUUACGAUGGAAACAGCCGCAGACAGGUUGUAGCCAGCGAUUUGGUUCUGCAACACCCUCACGCGAUCACCAUUUUUGAGGAUUUUGUGUACUGGACAGACAGAUAUGUCAGCCGUGUUAUCCGGGCCAACAAGUGGCAUGGAGAGAACCAGACAGUGAUGCUGUAUAACGUUCCUCAACCGAUGGGUCUGGUGGCAAUGCACCCGGCCAGACAGCCGGCAGGUGAUAACCCGUGUGCUGUAAGCCCCUGUACACACAUCUGCCUGCUGUCUGCGAUCAGGCCCAGAUUUUACUCCUGUGCCUGUCCUUCGGGCUGGACGCUGGCUAAUGACCAACUCACCUGUGCUAGAGUGGAAGAUCCCUUCCUAGUGGUUGUCAGGGACAGCAUCAUUUACGGUAUUUCCCUCAACCCUGAUGAUAAGAGUAAUGACGCCAUGGUGCCAGUUGCUGGACUGCAGAACGGAUAUGAUGUCGACUUUGAUGAUGCUGAGCAGAUGAUCUACUGGGUUGAACAUCCCGGAGAGAUCCACCGGGUCAAGUCGGAUGGCACUAACAGAACUGAGUUCGCCCCAGCAGCCAUCCUGGGAUCUCCAGUGGGAUUAGCUCUUGACUGGAUGAGUCAGAAUCUAUACUAUACCAACCCGUCCUCACAGUCCAUAGAGGUGCUGAAGCUAAAAGGAGAGGUGCAGUACAGAAGAACAAUCAUCACCAAUAAUGGUACCCCAAAUGGUGCAGGCUCACCGGUUGGCAUAGCAGUAGAUCCAGCACGUGGAAAAAUAUACUGGACAGAUCAAGGGACAGAGAGUGGCGUUCCAGCAAAGGUGGCAUGUGCAAACAUGGACGGGUCGAAUUCAGUAGUACUCUUCACCAACAAUUUAGACCAUGUGGAGUUCAUCACCAUAGACAUUAAGGAGAACAAACUUUACUGGGCUGUCACGGGGACUGGAGUGAUUGAGAGAGGAGAUCCAAACGGUUCUAACCGCAUCAUCGUGGUUAACGGCUUGUCUCACCCGUGGGGCGUGGCCGUGCACGAGUCCUACCUUUAUUUCACCGACAGGGACUUUGAAGUGAUCGAGCGUGUGGAUAAAGCUACAGGGUCCAACAGAGUUGUGCUAAGAGACAACGUGCCUGGACUCAGGGUUCUCAAAGUGCACUACAGAGAGACUUCUGCCGGCUCAUCCAACGGCUGCAGUAAUAACGUGGGCCUCUGUGAGCAGCUAUGUUUGCCUCGUCCUGGAGGCCUCUUCUCCUGUGCUUGUGCUACAGGAUUCAAACUCAAUCCUGAUAACAGGACCUGCGCUCCAUACCAGUCCUUUGUGGUCAUCUCGAUGCUCACCGCCAUCAAAGGUUUCAGUCUGGAGGAAGCCGAUCAUUCGGAGGCCAUGGUGCCUGUCGCAGGGAGAGGUAGAAACGUUCUCCAUGUGGACGUGCACAUGAGUUCUGGGUUUCUGUACUGGUGUGACUACAGCAGCACCGUUGCCACUCAGAAUGGAAUCCGCAGGAUCAAGCCGGACGGAUCUGGAUUUCGCAGCAUCGUUACUUCUGGGAUUGGACGCAAUGGGAUCCGCGGCAUCGCUGUGGACUGGGCUGCAGGAAACCUGUACUUCACGAACGCCUUCAUGACAGAGACCUACAUUGAAGUUGUGCGCCUUAAUACCACUUUCCGACGUGUCCUUCUGAAGACCCAGGUGGACAUGCCUCGCCACAUAGUGGUGGACCCCAAAAACCGAUACCUUUUUUGGGCGGACUAUGGUCAGAACCCCAAAAUUGAGAAAUCUUUUCUGGAUGGCACAAACCGGACGGUGCUGGUCUCCUCUGGAAUCAUCACACCCAGGGGGCUCGCUUUGGACCACGGUAAUGGAUAUCUAUACUGGGUGGACGACUCGCUGGACAUGAUCGCCCGGGUUCGGCCUGAGGGUGGCGAAACACAGAUUGUAAGAUAUGGGAGUCGGUACCCGACUCCGUAUGGCAUCACUGUGUUCGAAAACAGCAUCCUGUGGGUGGACAGGAACUUAAAGAAAGUCUUCCAGGCCAGUAAAGAACCUGGGAACACGGAUCUGCCCGUGGUCAUCAGAGAUAACGUCAACAUGCUCAGAGACGUCACCAUUUUUAACCAGAGGAUGCAGCCCAGAUCCACCCAGGAGCUUAACAACAACCCCUGCUUAACGUCGAACGGUGGCUGUGCUCAUUUCUGCUUUGCCAUGCCCGGCUCUCAGACCAGGAGGUGUGUCUGUGCGUUUGGGAACCUGGCUGUGGAUGGCAUGACCUGUGUGGUGUCUCGUGACGAUUACCUGAUAUACACCACCGAGAGCACGGUCCGCUCACUGCGGCUGGAUCCUGAAGAUCACUCGCUGCCCUUCCCUGUGGUCAACGUGGCCCGGACCUCUGUGGCGCUGGAUUAUGACAUGAUGGAUAACAGGAUCUAUUUCACCCAGAGCUCAGGAGCAGGACAGAGCAAGAUCAGCUACAUCAGCCUGUCAUCACCUACCUCACCUGCUACCGUGGUGGCCUCAGAUCUGGGUGCACCUGAUGGCAUUGCUUAUGACUGGAUCAAUAAGAGGAUCUACUACAGUGAUUAUGUUAAUCAGACUAUAAACUCUAUGGCUGUGGAUGGAUCACAGAGGACUCUGAUAGCUCACGUGCCCAGACCACGAGCCAUAAUGCUAGACCCGUGCAGUGGAUACAUGUACUGGACUGACUGGGGUACCCACGCUAAAAUUGAGCGUGCCACUCUGGGAGGAAACUUCCGGACUGAGAUAGUUAACACCAGUCUGGUGUGGCCAAAUGGACUUACCCUGGACUACGAUGAGCAGAGACUUUACUGGGCCGACGCCAGCCUACAGAAAAUUGAGCGUUGUUCCCUAACGGGUGCGAACCGCGAGGUCAUCGUGAGCACGGCCGUCUACCCGUUCGCCAUGACUGUCUACGGGCAGCACAUAUUUUGGACGGAUUGGAACACGCGCAGCAUCUACAGAGCGAACAAGCAUGAUGGUUCUGACCAACGGCUCAUGAUUCAGAACCUUCCCUCUCGACCCAUGGACGUCCACGUGCUGUCCAACAGCAAACAGCAGCAAUGCAGCAGCCCCUGCUUACAGUUCAACGGAGGCUGCAGCCACAUCUGCACUCAAGGUCCUCAGGGGGCAGAGUGCCAGUGUCCAUCGCAGGGCCGCUGGUACCUGGCUGACAACAAAUACUGCAUCCCUGACAAUGGCACUCGCUGCCAGCCUGGCCAGUUCACCUGCAUGAACGGUCGCUGCAUCCGGGCGCAGUGGAAAUGCGAUAACGACGACGACUGCGGGGACGGCAGUGACGAGCUGGAGAGAGUUUGUGGAUCUGAGAGUGGGUUUGAUUUUGCCUUCCAUACCUGUGAGCCGACCGUGUUCACGUGUGGAAACGGCCGGUGCGUCCCGUACCAUUACCGUUGUGAUCACUACAACGACUGUGGUGAUAACAGUGAUGAAGCAGGCUGCCUGUUUCGACCCUGUGAUGAUGCCACCGAGUUUGCCUGCAACAACGGGCGCUGUAUCGCCCGGGAGUACGUGUGCAAUGGGAUCAAUAACUGCUACGACAAUGGAACCUCUGACGAACGCAACUGUGCUGAGAGGACCUGCCAACCUGGACACACUAAAUGUCAGACCACUAAUAUCUGCAUCCCACGAUCGUACCUGUGUGACGGAGAUAAUGACUGUGGAGACAUGAGUGAUGAAAGCCCCACACAUUGCGCUACAUCUACGUGCACCCAGACUGAGUUCCGCUGCUCGAGUGGACGCUGUAUUCCGGGACACUGGUACUGUGAUGGGGGGACCGACUGUGCGGAUGGUUCGGAUGAACCCUCCACCUGCACUACUUUGGUGAGGACCUGCAGCUUGGACCAGUUUCGCUGUGAUGAUGGCAGGUGUAUUGCCUCCUCCUGGAUCUGUGAUGGAGACAACGACUGUGGGGACAUGAGUGAUGAGGACCAGAGGCACAACUGUGCUAACCGGUCCUGCUCUGCUCUGGAGUUCACCUGUGUGAAUAACCGACCUCCGCAGAGGAAGUGUAUUCCCCGAGACUGGGUGUGUGACGGAGACGCAGACUGCUCGGAUGCGUACGACGAGCACCAAAACUGCACCCGCAGGUCCUGCUCUGCCUCCGAAUUCAGCUGCGGCAACGGCCUCUGUAUCCGCAGUGCAUACAGGUGUGACCGGCGUAAUGACUGCGGGGACAGCAGUGAUGAACAGGGCUGCACUUAUCAGGCCUGUCAGCAGCACCAGUUCACCUGUCAGAACGGUCGCUGCAUCUCACGAGACUUCCGCUGCGAUGGUGAUAACGACUGUGGUGAUUUAUCAGACGAGCUGCCUCACCUGUGCCACACUCCCGCUCCUACCUGUCCGCCCGGAAACUUCAGGUGUGACAAUGGAAACUGCAUCCCGUCCGGCCAGGUCUGCGACCACAGCAACGACUGCAGUGACAACAGCGAUGAGAAAGGAUGUGGUAUUAAUGAAUGCACUGACCCGUCGGUGCACCACUGCGAUCACGAGUGCACCGACACUCCGACCAGCUUCGUGUGCACGUGCCGCGCUGGAUACCGGCUCAUGUCUGAUAAGAAGAGCUGUGAUGAUGUCGACGAGUGUUCAGAGAUGCCCAGCGUGUGCAGCCAGAUGUGUGAAAACACGCUGGGCUCGUACAUGUGCAAGUGCGCGCCGGGAUUCCUGCGUGAGCCGGACGGGCGGAGCUGCAGGCAAAACAGCAACAUCAGUCCUUACCUGAUCUUCAGCAACCGCUACUACCUGCGCAACCUGUCCACAGACGGAGAGGCGUACUCGCUCAUCCUGCAGGGCCUGAGCAGUGUGGUGGCGACGGACUUCGACCGCGUGGACAAGCGCCUCUACUGGAUCGAUGUUAGCCGGCGUGUGGUGGAGAGGAUGUUUUUCAAUGGCACGGGCAGAGAGGUGGUGCUGAACGGUAUUCAACAUGGAGAAGGGCUGGCGGUGGACUGGGUCGGUCGAAAGCUCUACUGGGCAGAUAGCUUUCUGGACUGUAUCAAAGUGUCUGAGCUGGACGGGCGGUUCGUUAAGAAGCUGGCUGAGCACUGUGUGGAUGCCAACAACACCUACUGCUUUGAGAAUCCCAGAGCUAUCGUGGUGCAUCCAAAGUUUGGAUACGUGUACUGGACCGAUUGGGGUUCUAAAGCUUUUAUUGGUCGAGUCGGGAUGGAUGGAAACAACAAGUCUGCCAUCAUCACCACCAAGAUCGAGUGGCCCAAUGGUCUCACCAUAGACUACACUAAUGACAUGCUGUACUGGGCUGAUGCUCACCUCAACUACAUCGAGUACUCUGACCUAAAUGGUCAUCAUCGCCACACCGUGUAUGACGGCGUCCUUCCUCAUCCGUUUGCUGUAAGUGUAUUUGAGGACAGUGUAUACUGGACUGACUGGAACACUCGCACCGUCGAGAAAGGCAAUAAGUACGACGGCUCUGGGCGCCAAGCUCUCGUCAACACCACCCACAGACCCUUUGACAUCCACGUGUGUCACCCCUACCGUCAGCCGAUAGUAACCAAUCCCUGUGGAGCGAACAACGGUGGCUGCUCUCACCUGUGUCUCCUCAAAGCUGGAGGACAAGGAUACACCUGUGAGUGUCCUGACCACUUUAUGACAGUCCAAAUAGGGGGCGUGGGACGCUGUCUACCCAUGUGCACCAGCACGCAGUACAGAUGUGCCGACAACGAACGCUGCAUCCCCAUCUGGUGGAAGUGUGAUGGCCAGAGUGAUUGCAGGGAUGGUUCGGAUGAGCCUUCAACGUGCCCCCCACGACACUGUAGACUGGGCCAGUUCCAGUGUAAUGAUGGGAAUUGUACCAGUCCACACUUGCUGUGCAACUCGAACCAGGACUGUCAUGAUGGAUCUGAUGAGGACUCUGUUCUGUGUGCCACGCACCAGUGUGAGUCGCACCAGUGGCAGUGCGGUAAUAAGCGCUGCAUCCCGGAGGCGUGGCAGUGCGAUGGCGAGAACGACUGUGGGGACGGAUCGGACGAGGAUCCCUCACACUGCUCCAGCAGAACGUGUCGACCCGGCCAGUUUAAAUGCAGGAACGGUCGCUGUAUCCCUCAGAGCUGGAAGUGUGAUGUGGACGAUGACUGUGGAGACAACUCGGAUGAACCCGUGGAUGAGUGCAUGGGUCCAGCGUAUCGAUGUGAUAAUCACACUGAGUUCGACUGUGUUUCUAAUUACCGCUGUGUUCCUCUGUGGGCCGUGUGCAACGGACACAACGACUGCAGGGACGACAGCGACGAGCAAAACUGUCAUGAGCUGACCUGUGACCCUGCUGGAGAUUUCCGCUGUGAUAACCACCAGUGUAUCCCUUUGCGCUGGAAGUGUGAUGGAGACAACGAUUGUGGAGACGGAUCAGAUGAACGUAACUGCAGUCCUCGAGCAUGCACGGAGAGCGAGUAUCGCUGUGACAACCUGCGCUGCAUUCCUGACCGCUGGGUGUGUGACCACGACAACGAUUGUGAGGAUAAUUCUGACGAAAGGGACUGUGAGUUGCGAACCUGCCAUCCCGGUUACUUCCAGUGUGAUAGUGGUCACUGCAUCGCUGAGCGGUUUAAAUGCGACGGCAGUGCAGACUGCUUGGACUUUACUGAUGAGAUGUCCUGCCCAACCCGGUACCCAAACGGCACGUACUGCCCUCCGUUCCUGUUCGAGUGUAAGAACCAUGUAUGUGUGCAGCAGCACUGGAGAUGCGAUGGCGACAAUGACUGUGGAGAUGGAUCGGACGAGGAGCUGCAUCACUGCUUGGACAUCCCAUGUGAACCUCCCUUCAGAUUUCGCUGUGACAACAAUCGCUGUAUCUACAGCCACGAACUCUGCAACUCAGUGGACGACUGCGGCGACGGAACAGAUGAACGACAGGAGCACUGUUUACCUCCCACUCACGGACCCUGCUCUGAUGAUGAGUUUAAGUGUGGAAACAGCCAGUGUAUUCCUCUCCAGUAUGCCUGCGAUGAUUAUGAUGACUGUGGAGACCAGACUGAUGAGCUGGGCUGCAACAGUGGCAGCGGGCGCUCCUGCAGUGAGAACCUGUGUGAACAUAACUGCACUGAUUUGUCGGGUGGAGGAUUUAUCUGCUCCUGCAGGCAGGGCUACAAACCCAAAGAGGAGAACAGAAACUCCUGCGAAGAUCAGAAUGAGUGUGAGAUCUAUGGCACUUGUCCCCAGCUGUGCAGAAACACUAAGGGAAGUUACGAGUGUCUCUGUGCUCAGGGGUUUCGCUCUGUUGGGCUGCAGCAUGGUGUUGAAUGUGCUGCUGAAGGUAAUCCUCCCGUGUUGUUGUUGCCCGAUAAUGUGCGCAUCCGUCGUUAUAACCUGUCGUCUGAGCAGUAUUCCGACUAUGUGGGGGAAGCCGAGCACAUCCAGGCUCUUGAUUACCUGUGGGACCCUGAGGACCAGGGACUCAGUAUUGUAUACUGGACCGUUCUGGGUCGUGGUGCCCAGUUUGGCUCCAUUAAGCGGGCGUACAUGACCACAUUUGAUGACCAUGGCACUAACCCAGUGAAAGAUGUCGAUCUUAAUCUUAGAUACAUCUCCAGCCCCGAUGGAAUCGCUGUAGACUGGGCCGGAAGACACAUUUAUUGGACAGAUGCAGGGACCAAUCGUAUUGAAGUGGCAAAGCUUGAUGGGCGCUACCGGAAGUGGCUGAUACAUGCUAAUCUAGACCAACCAGCUGCGAUAGUUGUCAACCCAGAACUUGGUAUGAUGUACUGGACAGACUGGGGAAGUAAGCCUAAGAUUGAGUCCGCGUGGAUGGAUGGUCAGCACAGACAGGUGCUGAUGGAUGAGGACCUGGGCUGGCCGACCGGACUCACUGUGGACUACCUUAAUGGCAACAGGAUUUACUGGUGUGACUCUAAAGAGAACAUCAUUGAAUCCAUGAAGGCAGAUGGAACAGACAGGAAGAUCAUCAUGUCAGGAGAUAUUGGAAACCCCUACAGUCUGGAUUUGUUUGAGGGCCAUGUGUUCUGGACAACAAAGGCUAAGGGUGAGGUGUGGAAGACUGACAAAUUUGGGAAGGGGGAUAAAGUGAAGGUCCUCACUAUAAACCCCUGGCUGACUCAAGUCCGCAUCUAUCAGGAGCACAGAUAUAAUCGCUCGGUGCUGAACCCUUGUAAGGGUGUGUGCAGUCACCUGUGUUUGCUGAGACCUGGUGGAUACACCUGCGCCUGUCCACAAGGUUCCUCCCUGCUCAGCUUCAACCAGAAUGAAUGUGAUGCAGCCAUAGAAACAGAGGUGGCCAUGCCACUUGCAUGCAGAUGCAGGAAUGGUGGAACAUGCUACACCGAUGAGGGGGGUCAUCCAAAGUGCAAGUGUCUGUACGGCUAUUCUGGAAGCUACUGUGAAUUCGGAAAAUAUAGAGGAGCCCCGGCAGGAACAGCAGUGGCCGUGCUGCUGGCAGUGAUUGUUAUUCUACUGAGUGGAGCUCUGGCGAUUGGACUUUUCAUUAACUACAGACGUACUGGCUCCCUCAUCCCGUCAAUGCCCAAGUUACCCAGCCUGGGAAGUCUGGCCAAGUCAAGUGACACAGGAAAUGGAGUAACUUUCCGCUCGGGGGACAAUGUCACCAUGGACCUGGAACCACAAAAUAUUGGCAUAUCCUUCAUUGACAGAGCCAUGCAGCUGGAUGAGAACUUUGCAGACGCUGGUGGGCAGCCGGUCACUUUCGAGAAUCCUCUCUAUUCCACAGCAAGGGGCACACCCACAGCAGCUGGUACACCUGGUGAUCCCGCAGUCCUACAUGCCACACAGGUGACCGUGAACGUAAGCGGUGAUUCAGCAGAGAACAGUUUCUCCAAUCCCGUGUACCAUGCUCGUCAGCAGGCGGUGGAGGUACAAAGUAUUCCAGCAGAUCCCAAAACCACACAGGAGUCUAAGUGGAGCUUCUUUAAGAGAAAACUGAAACCCGGUUCAACAUUUGAAAACCCAACAUACAGCGAGAUGCAGGACGAUCAGCCUGCUGCAGGUACAGAGGUCAGUGCAUCCAGCACCCCGUCUCCCUUCACAGCGCCUCCGGUGCCCUUAAAACGAGAGAAAUCCAGCACGUACUCGCCCACAGAGGACACCUUCCAGGACACAGCCAAUCUGGUGAAGGAGGACAGUGACAUAUAACCUCCUCGGUUCUCUCUGUCCACACGUUCAAACAAACAAGGGCGAAAGAGACACACUGUUCCACUGGGCACAGAAUCUAUUUUUAUAUGCAGCCUGUGUACAAACGUGAGAUUUAAAGAACUAUUUUGUGAACACUGGAUAUGACAUUUGUAUACACAGAGAUUCAAAUUCCACGGAUGCCUUUUGCUCUUUCUUAUGCCAAUGUGUGUGUUCUGAUUUGUUUUAUUGUGAUGUACUAUAUGUAUAUCUUUGCACUGAUGCUACUGAUUGUAAAAAUGUUAUAAAUAUGUUGUACAUUUGUAAAUUUUGAAGAAAUUUUGUUGCUGAUAUCUAAUAGAAUAUUUUGGAAUAGAUGAUGAUUUUUUUUAGAGAUGAACACAGCGACAGCUGAAUAUAGUAGUGAUUUAGUAAAGCAUGCUGAACUCUAGUUUGCUGUAGAUUUUGUAAUCAAUAUGUGCCAGUGGAAGGAAAUAAUGUGCAUCUCAUCCUACAUAUUUAUAUACCUCAUGUGUGAACUGACCAACACAAUAA